AUGUCUCGUCCUUUACAAGGAAAGGUGGCUAUCGUCACGGGAGGGUCGCGCGGCAUCGGCGCCGAGAUUUCGAAAGAGCUGGCGCGGAGAGGUGCUUCUGUGGCUCUGACUUAUGUUUCAUCGCCCGAAGGAGCGCAGGCGACAGUAUCACAAAUCGAGUCCGAGUCUGGUGGGAGUGUGCAGGCCAUUGCUAUACAAGCGGACUGCAGUCAGCCGACAACGGUGGUCGCGAAACUUGUAGCAGAGGUUGUCAAGAAAUUCGGCAAUCAGAUUGACAUUAUAGUCAACAAUGCCGCAAACGGGAGCGAUCAAACACUGGAUCAAGUCGACGCCGAGAUAUUCGACACCAUGUUCCACACAAACGUCCUCUUCCCGUUGUUGCUGGUCAAAGAGAGUGUUCCAUACUUUAGCAAAGGAGGACGAAUUGUCAACAUCUCCUCUUCUGGAGCUCGAACGCCCAUGCCAUACUCAAUUCUCUACUCGGCAACCAAAGCUGCUCUGGAAAGUAUCACAAGAACAUUGGCGCAACAGCUCGGCGAAUCACACGAGAUUACAGUCAACGCUGUCAAUCCUGGACCAGUUAAAACUGACAUGUGGACUGGAACGGAUGGGGUUGAGGAGGUUGAAAAGGCGAUUAUCCAACGAACCCUAGCGGCGAAACGCAUUGGUCUGGUAGACGACAUUGCGCCCAUUGUAGCCUUCCUGUGUGAUCCUAGUGCGAGAUGGAUCACUGCCAAUGUCACUUGCGCCAAUGGAGGAUUGAUCAUACUGUAA